AUGAUGAUGAAAGUUGCAUAUUUGUGGAUUUCGAUCAUUGUUGCUUCUUUGGCAUUGGAAGCAAAUGGUGAUAUUGCUACAAAAUAUACAGCAAUGUACGUAUUUGGAGAUUCACUAACGGAUGCUGGAAACAACAAGUAUUUCAUUGACAGUACAGCGAAAGCCGACUUCCUGCCUUAUGGUAUGGAUUUUAGUGGAGGGCCCACUGGUAGAGUCUGCAAUGGCAAAAUCCUCGUAGACUUCAUUGCGGAGAUGGUGGGACUUCCUCUUCUUCCAUCAUAUGCAGAUGUUGUAGCAAAAGGAGAGAGCAUUCUAUUUGGAGUAAAUUAUGCAUCGGCUGGUGCAGGAAUUCUUCGCGAAACAGGAUAUCGAUUUGGCCGCGUCAUCCCUUUCGAAGAACAGAUUAACAAUUUGAGGAAAACGGUGGCUCAGCUGAAAGGGCAACUGCAUGGGAAAGACGUGAGCGAGUAUUUGGCAAAUGCAUUGGUUUUUGUGGAUAUGGGAGCAAAUGACUACCUCAACAACUACUUCCAAGCUGAAUAUUACCCAAGCAGCCACAUCUACAAUCUUGAGCAAUUCGCUGAUCUCCUUACAAAUCUCUACAGAAAGCACAUAUUGGAAAUCCAAAGAUUAGGGCUGAGGAAGUUCUUGAUAGUAGACGCUUCACCUAUUGGUUGCGGCCCUAUAAGAAGUCAAAACAUGAAGUGUAACACCACAUUAAAUCACAUGGUAGCAAUGUUUAACACACGGCUGAAAUCUGUUGUGCACGACCUCAAGUCGAACUACCCUGGAUCUGCAUUCAGUUAUGCACCGUUGUUUCAAGUCUUUAUAAGCUUGUUCGACAAUGCUGAGGCCUACGGGUUCAAGGUGAAGGACUCAGCUUGUUGCGGGGGCCGAGAUGGUUCAAAUGGAACAAAGCCGAGGUGUUUCAAAAAUACAGUACCAUGUCGGAAUAGAAACGAGUACUUGUUCUGGGAUGGUGCUCAUCCUACUGAGGCUGGAAACCGAAUUCUUGCUGCCCUCAUUAACAACACUACAUCCUUCUAUUUAUAAAUGUCUGCAUAAUAAUCACAUUCAUUCUUGCUCAUCUCUCACAUUUCACCAAUAAGAAAUUGUGUGGCCGAUUGAAUU